GGGCGGUGGCGGGGCCGGGCGGUGCGUCCCUUCUGCCGCGGCUGCCAGCGCCGCCGGCACCAUGGGCUGCUGCUGCCGCCUCCUCUUCCUCGCCCUCCUCCUCCUCCCGGCAGGGCUGGGUGAUGGCUCCCCAGAAUCAGCCCUCAUCCCCAUCCGGCCCCCCUUCCUCUGGGGGGGUGUCCCAGUGAAACCAGACUCCAGGGAUGUCCCCACACCAGCUCCAGGCCAGCCCUCCCCACCCUUGUCCACGGGACCUUCUGCAGAUGGGACGUCCUCCAGGCCCCUGGAGGGAGAUGGCCACAAUGCCAGCACCCCUGUGGCAGCUCUGUCCCCUGCUCCUGUGUCUGUCACCGUGGCCACCACAGACGAUCCCUCCGUGCCCUCCAGCCCCACCUUGGAAUCAGCCCCGGCUCUCCGGACAGCCAACACUGCCAGCCUGGCGAGAAGCACCAUGGAUUUGGGGGCAGCUUCCAGCCCCACAGGCACAGCUGCACUGUCACCUCCCUCUUCCCUUCCCACCAGCGACCCCCACUCACCCCCUGGCACGGGCUUGUCCCCAACACCCGUCCUCAUGAGCCCUGGCGCUACCCAGCCACCGCUGCUGACCAAGGAUGUCCCCUCCCUGGGGACACUGGCCAUGGCAUCGAGCCUGGCCAUGGAGCCAACACCCCCCCCAGUGACUGUGAUGAGCCCCACGGAAGCUGAGGCCACAGCCUCGGAAAAAACCACUGGAGUCACCAUGGAGGAGGUGCCGCGUGCCCUGAGCGCAGGGAGCAUCGUGGCCAUAACCGUGACGGUCAUCGUGGUGGUGGUGCUGGUGUUCGGGGCAGCCGCCUACCUCAAGAUCAGGCACUCCUCCUAUGGAAGGCUUUUGGAUGACCACGACUACGGCUCCUGGGGCAACUACAACAACCCUCUCUAUGAUGAUUCCUAGCAGGGAUGAAGAAAAAACCCCAUAAACCCUUAAUUUAUAAGCGCUUCUGCAGCAGAGCAUCCGCUGUCGAGGAGAUGCCGGGCACGGAGCCCCUGCCUCAGGCAGGAUUACCACGGGUCUGGUGGAUGACAGGAACUGGAGGGCGGGUGUGCAGUGCUGACAAUAAACCUGAAUUUUGGCCUUUGAGCAGGAAACCAGGUCCUGGGGCAGGUCAGCCACUUGUUGUAGACAAGGGAACCCAAAUUCCCCAGGGGGAAGGGCUGGGGAGGUCAAGGGAGAGGAUGGAGGCUCAGCCAGUGCUGUGGCAUCCUUUGAAAUGCUGCUGCUCUGUGAUUUGGGGGGAGUGGGGGGCUGCUGAGCCAGAGCCAGCAGUGUGCCAGGGUCUCCUGUGCUUUCACGUGUCCCUUUCCCCAAAAUCACUUCCCUGUGUUGCUCUGCUAUGAAAUCCUUCGCCUUGUCUCACCAGGAACCACGAGCAGCUAUGGGGCUGCUCAGCCACUGCUCCCUUUCUUUUCCUGCAGGUGUUUCCAUGCAGAAGUUCCUAAUUUAAUUUUUUCCCAUUUAAUCGUGGGGGUUUUGGUCCCAAAAGCAGCCCAGGAGGCCACGGGAAGAUGCACUGACCAUCCAUUUCACACGUGGCUGCUUGCUCCACAGCUUUGUUUCCAUUCCUUAAAAAACUUGGCUGCUAAAAUACAGCAGAGUGUUCUUUUAAUCCCCAA